UUCAUCCUUUCGGUUAAAGUUAGAUGAGAUAAGGUUAGGUAUGUCAGUGUCGGGUAGUUGGCGAUUUGUGUGUACUGUUCUCUCGACAGAAACGUAUGUAUUUCAAAGUAGUUUUAAACUACUUUGAUCAGUGUUACAAGACAUGUCAGACGCUUUCGAGGAAAUUCAAGCUAUUAAAAUAAAGAGGAACAGCUUGAGGGAAAAACUACAGAAAAGAAAACGUGAAAGACAUGAAUUAUUUACUCUUACUUCUGCGACACCAGUAUCAUCCACCUUGACGAGUGAUUCGCCUCUCACCGGUGAUUCCUCUGGACAUACACAACGAUCCGACCACAGCGAAUACGAAAGGGAUGUCUUAUGCAUUCUACACGAAUCGUUGCCUAGCUUGCCCAUUACGUCUGCAGAAUUAAUAGACCAACUUCGUAAAAAUCUGAACGCAGAUGUGUGUUCUUCGGAUAUUCACAAGAUUUUGGAGAAGUUUGCAGCUCAAGAUAUCGUUAAAAUCAAAGAAGUAACGGAGAAUGGUAUUUUUGGAUAUACCGUGUUAUCUGUAAUGGAAUCUCAAUCCUCGUAUCUGUCUCAAUCGGAUGACACAGAGAAUCCAGAGAGCGCAGAAACAUCUGCAUCCGAAUUAAACGAUUACACGCCUGCGGAGAAACAACUGAAAUUGGAUAAAAAGAACACGGAGGAUAUAAUGUCCCUUAUAUCAAUGCCGACGAUCAGAGAGAAGGAAAAUAAAAAAGUGGGGGAGCAAAUUUUAGACCUGCUGUCGAAACAAACGUCCAAAGAAAAAUCAUUGGCCGAACGAUUUCGAUCGCAAGGCGGAGCUCAGGUGAUGGAAUUCUGCCCUCACGGUACGCGAGUAGAUUGCGUUAAGUUGAACGGUGGCCCGGGAUUUGCGGAGAAAUGCAAAAAGCUUCAUUUCAAAAAGAUCAUACAAAGUCACACGGACGAGUCUUUAGGCGAUUGCAGUUUUCUCAACACUUGUUUUCAUAUGGAUACGUGCAAGUAUGUGCAUUACGAGGUAGACGGACCAACAAUUCAACAGAAGGAAUCUAGUGACUUAGACAAUCCGAGUAAUGCUAUAGUGAAUAAAGCUUUAACGUUAGAUAGUAAAAAUGGUAGUAAUACAACUUGUCCAACCAGUGGUGGAUCGUUAGGUAGCGAAUUAACUCUUUAUCCACCGCAGUGGAUACAGUGCGACUUGCGAUAUCUAGAUAUGACCGUAUUGGGUAAAUUUGCUGUUAUAAUGGCGGAUCCUCCGUGGGACAUUCACAUGGAAUUACCGUAUGGUACUAUGUCGGACGAUGAGAUGAGACAAUUAGGUAUACCCGCGCUUCAGGACGAGGGCCUUUUGUUUUUAUGGGUAACAGGAAGGGCAAUGGAACUUGGUAGAGAGUGCUUGCAGUUAUGGGGGUACGAGAGGGUAGACGAAAUCAUAUGGGUGAAGACCAAUCAGUUGCAAAGGAUAAUAAGAACAGGCAGGACGGGUCAUUGGCUGAAUCAUGGUAAGGAACACUGUUUGGUUGGCAUGAAAGGUAAUCCAAGAAUAAAUCGGGGAUUGGAUAGCGAUGUUAUCGUGGCCGAAGUUCGAGCCACUAGUCAUAAACCUGACGAGAUUUAUGGAAUUAUCGAACGUAUGAGUCCGGGUACACGAAAGAUCGAAUUAUUUGGCCGACCACAUAAUGUUCAACCUAAUUGGAUAACGUUAGGGAAUCAAGUAGACGGUGUUCACUUGAUCGACCCUCAACUCAUAAAAGCUUUUAAAAAACGUUAUCCGGACGGCAACUCGAUGAAGCCCGCUAAACCAUAA